CGAAAGCAUAGCUCGAGAAGAUAGAUGAUGACGACGACGAGCUUCUCUCAUCCUCCUCCUCUUCUUCCUCUUCCCUCAACUUCCAGAUCCCUUCUCCUAUUCCCUUCAUCUCACCUCAAACCCACCCCUCGUCUUCUCUUACAUGGUCGCUCUACCCUCUCCUUCUCCUGCUCAGCCGGCACCAACAACAACGCACCUCCUCCCUCCGGCGACUCUCUUCCAAAUAACUUCUGUAUCAUUGAGGGGUCAGAGACGGUUCAAGACUUUGUGCAGAUGCAGCUUCAGGAGAUUCAAGACAACAUAAGGAGCAGACGCAAUAAGAUCUUUCUCCUCAUGGAGGAAGUUAGACGGUUACGAGUUCAGCAAAGGAUCAAGAGUGUUAAAUCCAUCAAUAAUGAGGAGGAAGCUGAGAUGCCUGAGAUCCCUUCUUCCAUUCCUUUUCUCCCUAAUGUGACACCAAAGACUUUGAAACAACUCUACUUGACCAGUGUUGCUUUGAUCUCUGGAAUCAUUUUCUUUGGUGGUCUCAUUGCUCCUAAGCUUGAGCUCAAGGUAGGACUAGGAGGAACCUCUUACGAAGAUUUCAUAAGGAGCUUGCAUCUUCCCCUGCAAUUAAGCCAAGUAGAUCCCAUUGUGGCAUCAUUUUCUGGAGGAGCCGUUGGAGUAAUUUCAACCUUGAUGUUAAUUGAAGUGAACAAUGUUAAACAACAAGAGAAGAAGAGGUGCAAGUACUGCCUUGGGACUGGAUACUUGCCAUGCGCUAAAUGUUCUGCAAGUGGUGUGUGCUUAGGCGUUGAUCCAAUAAAACGAACUAGAGUUUCAAGCCGGCUUCUGCAAGCUCCGACAACAGAAAGGUGUCUAAACUGUUCGGGCGCAGGAAAGGUGAUGUGCCCGACAUGUCUAUGUACUGGGAUGGUCACAGCUAGUGAGCACGACCCACGAUUUGACCCAUUCGACUAGAAAAAACGAUCUCAUUUUACCUUUCAAAUUAAUGGUUUUUGUAUGUACAUAAUAAGUCAAGACUUUGUACUGAAGAAAGCCAUAUAAAUGUUUACAUAGUCAAGACAAAAUAGGAUUUAUAGCUUUUGUCAAAACCAUAAUUUACUUAGUAAAGUUCAGAAAUCUCUUACACAUAUUUGAUAAAGCGA